CCGGGGACUCUCACGUAGGCAUCGCAUUUCUUAGGGAUUACAUGUCUUGCUGAACCUGUCACCGUGACCGUCCAGACCGUUGAUGACGGCAUCCCGCGACGUGCCCGCGCUCCAACGCUUUCACCAUUAUGACACAAUCACGUGGGACGCAAGGAGCAACAGAUUUGACACACCAAAUGUGGUUUCUCAUUGUGGUUUUCAAAUCAUCUACUUCUCUCCCGCCCCCACCUCCCCUUCUCUCUUUUCCUCCUGCCAUGCAUUCAUGGUAUCCUCGUCUCGUUCUUUGCCACAUUCCCUUGGACUCCGUAUGCGUUUGCGGAAAGUCAUCCGUAGAUAGACCCGCGGAAAUUCCUAAACUCGACAAACACAAGAAAAAGAAAAGAAUAAGAAAGAAAGAAAAAAACUAUGCCGGUGUCCUUUUUGGGGGGGAGGGGGGAAUGGAAAAAACCGACAUCGGCAACUGUCAUCUCUCCAAGCAACCCAGUCCCCGUGGGGAAAAGAGCCCCCGCGAAAAACCAGUGUACCAAAUCCCCCCGGCUGUCCAUAAACUCCCUGGUCCUAAACGUUGGCGCACCCGAAAACGACCGCAGGGUGUGCAAAGAUGGCCGAACUCCCGUUUCCUUGCCCGUCCAUGUCCAAAUAGUCAGGAUUUGCUUCCCACCUUUCCGUUCCAAUAUUCGCGCUCGGAAGAUGCGCUUCUAGAUUACACAUUUCGGUUUAUGGUUGUAAAGUACGUUCGUUUGCAAAGUGCUCGCGUGGCGGUAUCAUUCGCCAGCUAACCACUCGCUACGCGCUGGAUUUAAUAAAAGGCUUGAAAAUGACAAAAGAAAUGCCGGUUUGGCGAUCGAUAAGCUUCUGGAGCUUGCCGUGCUCGACGAGUUAGAUAGGAUCGGAUGCACGUCUCAUUGGAAUCGUCGGCGGUGUUCGCAAGUGUUUUCCAUAAUAAUACCUGCCACCUAUAUCCCGCUUUUGUUGUCCAAGAUGACGCGGACGCAAUGCUUGCAGAUGUCGUUCCAACAUUCA